AUGUCGCACCAGACCAACCUCCCAGGCCACCAUGACGGUGACAUCGUCGCCACCGAGCUCGACAUCUUCACGGCCAGCGACCACCCCGCUCUCGCCGCCGGCCCCGCCGCUGAUGCGCUCAGGCGUAUCGAGAAGCAGUACCAGCACCUCGUUGAGCUGCUGAUGAAAGAGAAGUCGGCUGCGGCCGCCAAGAUCAUAGAUCUUGAAGACACCCAGCGCGCCUUGUUUGAGACUCUCGGCAAGAAGAUGGCGGACGAGGUGAAGGGGGUUUUCGUCCAAACCCACAUUGUGCCCGACAAGAAGGUGGUUCUGCGGGUGGGAGAGGAGCUCUGGUCUGGCAUCUUCAAAGAUGUUUGA